AAUCAAACUGAAGAGUAUGCCACACACAAAAUAGAGAUGAGGUUGUUUGCAAUGUUUCUUAAUUGAUUCGCUUUAAAAAGCCACAAAGGCCAACGGAGAUGAUUCAUUCUCUUUCUUAGAUAUAAUCGACCGUGACCUUAAAACGAGAAAUUUAGCUCAAACAGGAUCAUUUGGGUUUCAACCUCCAAAACAAUGAGAUCUGUGCGAUUUCCUCAAGCGUUUGGACUUUUUUGUGCUACUCUGACGAUUCAAGAUGUGAUGUCUGAAGAAGAAUGUAGAGACGGGUUUACUCCCAAAAGAUGUUGCUCAUAUAAUAGUGUGCAAGAAAAUAAUCAAUUAAAGUGCAACCUCAUGAUACCAGAAAGUAACUAUUCCAUCUAUGCCGAGGAUACCAUGUAUCUCAAUUGUGACCCAGGAUUCGCAGGCGGAGUAUCUGGUUGUUCGUGGCGACUUCCCUCAGGAGAGAUAUGUAAUUUCUUGAACACCGAUUUGAUUCCAACUCCACAAGUGUGCUCGGCGGACAGCUCUAUCAAACUGGUUGGCAAUCUGUCCCUCGGCAUUUGCAAUAUCGAGCUAUCAAAUGUGCAGACCAAACACGAGGGAUCUUGGAAUUGCUCAGUGACGGCAAUCAGAAAAUAUUUUGAUAGCACCUACCUUGAAAUUAACAAUGGGCUGAAGACCAGCACAAUUUUAGCCAUCACAAUUCCAGUCUCUUUGCUGGUGCUUGCAAUAGCAGCCGUGAUCUUGAUAUGCUGUUUUUGUCCCGCACUGUUCGCCAGUUGCGCCUGUCUUACGGCAUGUUGUCACAAGAAGGAUAUGCCAGAGAGGCGUUUAUCAACGGACUCGGAUGUCAAGCCAAUGCAUCAAUCGCAAGAAAUCCCACCCACUGGACCCUCACUCCCACCCCGGCCACCAACGAUGAUCCAACCAAUCAUUCGAAUCCAAAGAAAUAAGAGUCCCCUUGAUGAAACUCACUAUGACACGCCUUCGUCAGUGAGCUCGUACGAGAAUAUGUCUACGGUUGGUGCCAAUUGUUCAACUUCGAACCCAGCUGACGAGAACGAACCGGUCCUUUACACCACUCUCAAUCCUCAAGGUGACGAAAGUGGGUCGAUGCAGACGGCCAGAAAGGUGUCCAAUGCUAUUUCAGUCCAUUCAUUUGGCCCUCGAAAGAACUCCAAGUUCAGAGAUGUUCAUUUCUAGAUCUUUUUUUUUCACAUGUAAAGCAACCUUAUUUAUUGAAUAAACUCAUUUGAAUGCA